GCCGUCGCUGGCGGCGCUGGGCCAUCGAGCUACUCGCAGCUCAUCGCAGGGCGGCCGACCUGCGCAUCCCAGCCGCGCUGGCGCCGCAGGCCAGCCUCUUCGCGCGCGAGCUCAAGGGCGAGGUACGCGAGGCGCAUGUUGCGCCUGGAGCUCGCCAGGAAGACCCCUGGGAGGUCGAACAGACGCGCCAGGGCAGCCUGGCCAAGAAGGAUAUUCCAUCAAGAAGGAAGACGGAGGGGCGCGCGGAGAUCGAGCCGCUCGCCGAGAUGGCCCAGCCGGCCCCCCUGGCUCCGUCGGCGCGCCCGAUGCCGCUGCCCGCCGCGAGGCCGACCCAUUCCGCCGCGAUGGGGGGCCCGCCAACUUCGAAGUCAACGCCGAACCAGAAGGCCCAGCCGACCGAUUUCGAGAAGAUGCAGCGGUUCAUGAUCGAGGACCGCGAGGAGAGGGCGAGGCAGAUGGACGGCCUGGUCGCUGCCGCGCACCAGCUCUCCAGCACGGCGCAGGCAUGGACCCUCGGAG